AGCUCUCGAAUAUAUCGCAUUUCCUAUGCUUGUGCGCACAUUCAGUCUCUCCGUUUCAGUGUGUGUUCACGCCUCUAACGGAGAUAUGUGCUGUCGGUGCCGUGUUUUGCAUAAAAGCGCGCUAAUUUUUAAAUAAACGGAUUAAAUGUACAAAUAGGUGCGCCUGAAGUCACAGUUGUCACCGCUGUCGUCUGUCCGGUGUUAAUAUCGGAGUCCGUUUUCCCCGGUAUUCGUGUAUGGCUCCAGCAGAGCAGAAGCAGAACCGAGCCCGUCUCCUGCGGUUCUUAACUCGAGCCAAACCGUAGCCGUUAGCCGGUCACCUCAAGCCGGCGGCGACGAACCGACAGCCGGAGCCAGCUUGAAGCCAGGGAAACACGGUUCGGGGAGACAAUCAACCGACAGGACAUCGCGUCAACCCCGCAGCUCAACCAACAAGGGGUCCCUGCAGUUUGAGGACAAGUGGGAUCUGAUGCGGCCCAUCGUCCUCAAGCUGCUCAGACAGGAAGCUGUCACCAAGCAACAGUGGUUCGACUUGUUCUCAGAUGUUCACGCUGUGUGUCUAUGGGAUGACAAAGGACCAGCCAAAAUCCACCAAGCCCUCAAAGACGACAUCCUCGACUUCAUCAAACAAGCACAAGCUCGAGUGCUGAGCCACCAGGACGACACGGCUCUCCUCAAAGCCUACAUUGUGGAGUGGAGGAAGUUCUUCACCCAGUGCGACAUCCUGCCCAAACCCUUCUGUCAGCUGGAGAUCACACUGAUGGGAAAACAAGGCAGCAACAAGAAAACCAACAUGGAGGACAGCAUUGUACGCAAGCUGAUGCUGGACACGUGGAACGAGUCGAUCUUUUCAAACAUUAAGAGUCGCCUGCAGGACAGCGCCAUGAAGCUGGUGCACGCCGAGCGGCUGGGCGAGGCCUUUGACUCUCAGCUCGUGAUAGGCGUACGAGAGUCAUACGUCAACCUGUGCUCUAACCCGGAGGACAAGCUGCAGAUCUACAGGGAUAACUUUGAGAAAGCCUACCUGGACUCUACAGAGAGGUUCUACAGAACUCAGGCGCCGUCCUACCUGCAGCAGAACGGUGUCCAGAACUACAUGAAAUAUGCAGAUGCGAAGCUGAGGGAGGAGGAGAAGAGAGCGCUUAGAUAUCUAGAAACACGUCGUGAAUGUAACUCUGUUCAAGCACUGAUGGAGUGUUGCGUGAACGCUCUGGUGACCUCGUUCAAAGAGACAAUCCUCGCCGAAUGUCCAGGAAUGAUCAAACGCAACGAGACAGUCAAGCUGCACCUCAUGUUUUCACUGAUGGACAAGGUUCCCAACGGGAUCGAGCCCAUGCUGAAAGACCUGGAGGAGCAUAUCAUCAGUGCUGGACUAGCGGACAUGGUGGCUGCUGCAGAGACUAUCACUACUGACUCUGAAAAGUAUGUGGAGCAGCUGCUGACUUUGUUUAACCGCUUCAGUAAGCUGGUAAAGGAGGCUUUCCAGGAUGACCCACGCUUCCUCACAGCAAGAGAUAAGGCUUACAAAGCGGUCGUCAAUGAUGCCACAAUCUUCAAACUGGAGCUGCCGAUGAAACAGAAAGGAGUGGGAAUGAAGACUCAGCCGGAGUCGAAGUGUCCGGAGCUGCUGGCAAACUACUGUGACAUGCUGCUAAGGAAAACCCCGCUCAGCAAGAAACUGACCUCAGAGGAAAUUGAGCUCAAACUCAAAGAAGUGCUCUUGGUGCUGAAAUACGUCCAGAACAAAGACGUGUUCAUGCGUUACCACAAAGCUCAUCUGACCAGGCGCCUCAUCCUGGACAUUUCGGCCGACAGCGAGAUUGAAGAGAACAUGGUGGAGUGGCUGAGAGAAGUGGGCAUGCCUGCUGAUUAUGUGAACAAGCUUGCCAGGAUGUUUCAGGACAUCAAGGUGUCAGAGGACCUCAAUCAGGUCUUCAAAGAGAUGCACAAACACAACAAGCUGGCACUGCCAGCGGACAGCGUGAACAUUAAGAUCCUGAACGCCGGCGCCUGGUCACGAAGCAGUGAGAAGGUUUUCGUCUCGCUGCCCACAGAGCUGGAGGACCUGAUCCCCGAGGUGGAGGACUUCUACAAGAGGAAUCACAGCGGUCGGAAGCUCCACUGGCAUCACCUCAUGUCCAACGGCAUUAUCACCUUUAAAAAUGAAGUGGGGCAGUACGACCUGGAGGUGACGACGUUCCAGCUCGCCGUGCUGUUUGCCUGGAAUCAGAGACCCAGAGAGCGAAUCAGCUUCGAGAAUCUCAAACUGGCCACAGAGCUGCCCGACGCAGAGCUGCGCCGAACACUCUGGUCUCUGGUCGCCUUCCCGAAGCUGAAGAGGCAGGUGUUGUCUUACGACCCCCCGGUGAGCUCACCCAAAGACUUCACAGACGGCACGCUCUUCUACGUCAACCAGGAGUUCUCUCUCAUUAAAAACUCCAAAGUUCAGAAGCGGGGAAAGAUCAAUUUGAUUGGCCGUCUGCAGCUGACCACAGAGCGAAUGAGAGAAGAGGAGAAUGAAGGAAUCGUUCAGCUCAGAAUACUGAGAACUCAGGAGGCCAUCAUCCAAAUCAUGAAGAUGAGGAAGCGGAUCAGCAACGCCCAGCUGCAGACGGAGCUGGUGGAGAUCCUGAAGAACAUGUUUCUGCCUCAGAAAAAGAUGAUAAAAGAGCAGAUCGAGUGGCUCAUCGAGCACAAAUACAUAAAGAGGGACGAGGCGGACAUCAACACCUUCAUCUACAUGGCCUAGGCAGCGAGGACGGAGUGUGUGUUUUGCUGUUUUUUACGACUGGCCUGCAUCUGGCGCUUUAAAACCUGCGAGAUGAGACAAACAAGGACUUAAAGGAUGUGUUUGAAGAAGGAGAAGAGGGCUGGGAGCGCGCUGAAGGACACGGAAAAGCCUUUUUAACAAAAGUGUGGCUAUUGUUUGUGUUUGUGAGACGCCAGUGUGUUACCGGAGUGUCAUUUCAAGCCGUAGCGUUGAGUCAUCUGGCCGUGUGUUUGUCCCUGCUGCCCUCUAGUGUCUGCUCAGAGGAGAGGAACGGCGGCGUGCGCCGUCCGCCAGCAGCUCAGAAGAAGAAAAAAUAGUGAUGUUAUUGAAUACUUCCUGCCUUACUUUCAUCAGCAGUGGACUUCGGAGAAGGAGGUGGAGAAGGAGUGAGGGCAGAAAAGGAGAACAAAGCUGAUAUCAGUCCUUUGCUUUCACUUCAUGCGACGGCUGCCAUGUUAGCCGCAGCCAUUCAGCAUCCCUCCUGUCCUACACUGAUCUAAUACUCGAAGAGGGAAUGCAGAGUGAAAGCUGCCAUCGAGGAGGAGAGAGACGAGUUCAAACUACCGAGGAGUAUUUUGCCAAAUCGUGUGUGUGUGUGUUUGAGUGCAUGGUGUGUAUCUGAUCUUUUAGUUGUGCGUGUUUGUAUGUGUGUGUGCACUUUCAACAGCAUGCUGCUCUAUGAUUUUUUUCCCCCUUCAGUGGAGAAUCUGUCACACUUUGGUUGUAUCAGAAAGGGUUGAGAAUUUAAAUGCUGGUAUUCAGAUUUUUUUUGUGAUCCCCUGACCGGGCUGCAGGUGACGUCAUCUUUGCAGAGCCUCAAGAACAAAACGAGAAAGUGUAACUGCCCCAGUGUGUGAGGUCUGGACUGUGCACGCACUCAGAUGGAAGUUCAGUGUCUAAAUUUUUACCUCAUUCAUUCUAAGAGUGUCUCUGUUUGUUUUUUUGGGGUUUUUUUUGCACAGUUAGAGAAAACCACACAGCUGCUCUGUUGCUUUUACUUAAGGUUUGAAUGAGCUGCUGGUGUUUGGACCUUUUUCCAAAGCAGAACACUGUCUGAGUUUGUGUGAUGUGUGCGCACUGCCCUUUUGUUCUUCCUCUCUGCCUGAACUCUCAGAAACCUACAAAUCACCUUCAGCCCAUAAACCUUCAUAGUGUUUGAAGCAAAGCAACAAUUUAGUCCCUUUAAAGCAGCUCUCGCGAUUCUGCAGCCAUAACUUUAGUUCCGUUAUCACCGGGACAUAAAAACUAUUUAGAAUUGUCAGUUUGUCUCUGAAUCACAAAAGCCUUUAAAAGAUUGGUGACUGCCUCAAAACAAGCUGAACUUAUUCUACACACUUGGUCCAGAGCAACGACACGAUUGUUUCUCAUCACACCAGAGCUCUGAAUUUGCUCCAUGCUAAUGGAGUUGGAGUAAAUGAUGAAAAAGUGAAAACUUUUCCCUUUUUAUUACCAUAAUGAGGACCUAGAAACACCUGCCACCACACAGUGAAGCUCCAAACGUUUAGGGGGAAUUAAAUAAAACAAAAUCACAGGAUGUGUCAGGGGGUCGAACCAAAACAAUUUUUAGAGAUGAAAGUUGUAAAAUUACAAAGGAAAAUAUGCAGAUGUGCUGUUCUUCUUCUGCUCUUUCUCACCUGAUUGUCAUUUGGUGCUGUAGCCUCUGCAACAUCUUCAAAAUGAGUGUGAAAAUGUAUUUUGUCAGCUGACCGGUCAGUGAAUGCGAGAUCAGCUGCAGUGAAUUAUAGAGAAUAAAAAGCUGCUGAGGUAAAUAUGGAGAACCAAUCAGUGCCCCCCACCCCUCACAAUCAGCAGAUGUUGUUUCUGUAAAAUUACUUUAGGGUAUUUAAUGAAGACGUGUAAAACUUUACAUCACACUAUGUCUGCAACUCACUUAGGGGCGAGUUGCAGACCCUUAAAGUACACAGGGUUGAGUGGAAGAUUGAACUUUUUAAUUUAUUAAUUUCCAGCAUUUUUCAGCCCUCAUAACUCCAGAUUAACUUCACUCCACGUGUCAUCACCUUAACAGAGUUUUAGUUUUUUCCAUGAUUUUUGGACACGGAAUUAUAAUAAUGUAAAUAAUGUGUUAGUCCCCGCAGUGAAAUUACUCCUCUGCAUUUUAAUGUCUAUAAUUCUGAGUAACAGAACCAGGUUUUGGUAUCCUGGAGAAAAAGUGCGUUUUGGGUAAACCUUCAGUAGUCAUCUCACCAUGAGGGAUAGGUGGAGGAUCAGACCAUGCUAUGGCAUGAAAAGGUUUCAUUUUUAGCUAUGUUUUGAUGCCAAGCUCACCUUCCAGAGGUGAUCCCUUCAUAUUAAAAAAACGUGGCUGAUUUUUAUCAGUUGCACUGGGAAUCUUUUUGCUCUUGUUGAACUGAGAAUCAAAUCCUGUGAGCAGUGAGGAAAAAGAAAGACGACUGUGAAUGUGUGGGGUUGUUUUUUGUUUGUUUGUUUUUUAAUAUUUAUUCUGUAUUUAUGAGGAAUGUUACUUUUUGUCCAUUUUUUUCUUGCCUUGUUUUUGCAAACACGUCUGUUGCCGUUGCAGUACUGACUUACUGACGCUCUCUCCUCUGUUUCAGCCUGCAAAAAAAAAACUGUUAGUCUAAUUUAUUUCACUUUCCACAUAAAGAUUUAUCUGCAAUUUUGUCAAAAUGCUGAAGCCGCUUUUAAGUUUGUUACUGCGACACAUUGAUGUUGAGAAUAAUCCAUUUUACACACUGACGUGCAAAAAAAAACAUUUUAAAAAACGCUGGAGUUUUCGGAUUAUUGUGAACUCUUCUGAAUGCAGUGAGGCCGUCUGCCUCAGGUUUCACCUGAGAUGAAACUAACUCCACAUGUCAGUCGCAUUAUAUGCAGUUUUAUUCUCUAUGCACAGGCCUGACUCACUUAGUUGUUGUUUUUUGUUUGUUUUUUGCAGAUGAUACCCUGUUGUAUUUUUAAACACAUUUGAGGACACUGAGGGACUUUGAUGAGUUCUUUCUUUGUGUGAUCUGUGAGGAAAAACACUCAUUUAAUUAUA